AUGUCAGCGAAUAGAGAACAGGUUUUUCCCACGCGUAUGACGCUGGGCCUGAUGAAGGCGAAGUUAAAGGGAGCGAACCAGGGUUACUCGCUGUUGAAGCGUAAGUCGGAGGCUCUAACUAAGAGGUUCCGUGACAUCACCCGGAGAAUUGAUGACGCUAAGCAAAAGAUGGGCCGUGUAAUGCAGACAGCCGCAUUCUCGCUGGCAGAGGUGAGCUAUGCCACUGGCGAGAAUAUAGGGUAUCAGGUGCAGGAGAACGUGUCUACCGCCAGGUUCAGAGUCAAAGCGCGCCAAGAAAACGUCAGCGGUGUUUACUUGCCCCAGUUUGAGAGCUACAUUGACGAGGAAAUCAACGAUUUCAAAUUGACAGGUCUGGGCCGUGGUGGUCAGCAGGUGCAGCGUGCAAAGGAGAUCUACUCCAAGGCUGUGGAGACGCUAGUUGAACUAGCUUCGUUGCAGACAGCGUUUGUGAUUCUUGACGAGGUUAUCAAGGUCACCAACAGAAGAGUCAAUGCUAUUGAGCACGUGAUUAUCCCAAGAACGGAGAAUACCAUUGCUUACAUCAACAGUGAACUUGACGAGCUAGACAGAGAGGAAUUUUAUAGAUUGAAGAAGGUGCAGGAGAAGAAGCAGCAACAGACUGCCGAGCUUGAUGCUUUGAUGAAGAAGGCGAAGGCCCAGAGAGCCCAAGAAGAUGAAGCCAGCACCACCUCCAAGGACGCUUCUAAAAAACCAGAUCCGAAGAGUAGCGCCAAGGAACCAACUGACGCGCCUCCUUCACAAGAAGCCCCAGACCUCUUGGCAGAGCAGGAAGAUGAUGUUAUUUUCUGA